AUGGAUUACUCCAAGGGCUCCAAGAAGCGCAAGGCUAUAACGAAAGAUGUUGACGAAGACCCGAGCGUCGUCUCUGGAGAUGAAUACGACCUUGAAGCGCUCGACAGGGACGAUUCUGAUAGCUCCGCCGACGCGAGCGACUCAGAGAUUGAGUUGAUUGGCGAUUUCAGCAGCGACGAUGGAGAAGACGACGAUGAGCUUCAUAGCGAUGAAGUCCCAUCCGAUACGGAACCCUUUGCCCGGGCGAAAAGUGGGAAAAUUGCAACCGGCCUUGACGGUUCUUUAGAUGGGGAAAGCAACGACUUGUCCGACGAUAAUGAACCAAAUUACCGAAUUGAAAAAGAUGCAAAUGGCAACGAGCGGUAUAUCUACCCCGAAAUCAAUCCUGAUGAUAAUUCGGAGUAUUCCGAAGUCGAUGAAAAGGCCAAUACGAUUGGCGAUAUCCCACUGUCUUUCUACGACCAGUAUCCCCAUAUCGGCUACAAUAUUAACGGGAAAAAGAUCCUGCGCCCCGCAAAGGGUCAAGCAUUGGAUGCACUGCUAGAUAGCAUCGAGAUUCCAAAAGGCUGGACUGGUUUGACCGAUCCAUCCACCGGAAAGCCAUUGCAACUAAGUCAAGAGGAGCUGGAGUUGCUGCGUAAAGUACAGAUGAAUGAGAUCACCCAGGAUGGCUACGACCCCUACCAGCCUACCAUCGAGUACUUUACGAGCAAGCAAGAGAUAAUGCCUCUCAGCGCAGCCCCCGAGCCAAAGCGAAGAUUUAUACCUUCGAAACAUGAGGCAAAGCGUAUUAUGAAAAUUGUUAAAGCCAUCCGGGAAGGCAGAAUUCUUCCGUAUAAGCCCCCGGAAGAAGAGGACGCAACUCAAGAAGGAAUACAGACAUACGAUUUAUGGGCUGACGAGUCUCCACGGCCAGAUCAUCCAAUGAAUAUUCCAGCUCCCAAACUACCACCACCAGGAUAUGAGGAGAGCUAUCAUCCGCCGCCAGAGUAUCUACCUGAUAAGAAAGAGAAAGAAGAAUGGGAGAACCAAGAUGAAGAAGAUCGCGAAAGAGAGUAUCUGCCAACGGAUUAUAGCACUUUGCGAAAAGUGCCAGGUUACGAAAGAUUUAUUAAGGAGAAGUUCGAACGUUGUCUCGACUUGUAUUUGGCGCCAAGAGUACGACGGAGCAAGUUGAACAUUGACCCGGAGUCUCUCCUGCCUAAGCUACCUAGCCCCGAAGAACUUAAGCCGUUCCCAACAACCUGUGCAACACUAUUCCGAGGUCAUCGCGGGCGUGUUCGAAGCUUAGCAAUUGAUCCCACUGGGGUCUGGCUAGCUAGUGGUGGAGAUGACGGUACCGUUCGCGUUUGGGAGCUACUCACUGGCCGACAAUUGUGGAGUGUUAAACUAAGCGAUGAAGAUGCAGUCAAUGUCGUCCGUUGGAGGCCAGGCAAAGAAGCUGUCGUUCUAGCAGCAUCUGUUGGUGACAGUAUCUAUCUUGCUGUUCCCGAUGUUGUUAAUCCGGAACUGGAAGCGGCUAGCCUUGAGGUGAUUGAUGCUGGCUGGGGCUAUGCUACCUCCACAGGAACAAGUGCUACAAAGAAGACUUCACCGGUACAAUGGACUCGUCCUGCAUCUUCCCUCGCGGAUUCUGGCGUAUAUGCAGUGAUUCCAUUAGGUUAUAUCGCCAAGUCAAUAUCCUGGCACCGUCGUGGAGACUACUUCGUAACCGUCUGCCCUGGUACAUCGACCCCUGCCUCAGUCGCGAUCGCCAUCCACACUCUCUCCAAACACCUUACGCAAUAUCCAUUCCGCCGACGUCUCAAAGGUGGGGGUUCACCUCAAGUUGCGCAUUUUCACCCUUCCAAACCUAUCCUCUUCGUUGCCAAUCAGCGCUCAAUCCGCGCAUAUGAUCUCUCCCGUCAAACUCUAGUUAAAAUUCUCCGCCCUGGCGCCCGAUGGAUCUCCUCCUUCGACAUCCAUCCUACAUCCUCCUCUACUUCUGGCGGCGAUAAUCUUAUUGUUGGUUCUUACGAUAGACGUCUACUCUGGCAUGACGUCGAUCUCUCCGAUCGCCCCUAUAAAACGCUUCGGUAUCACCAGAAAGCCAUCCGUGCCGUUAAAUAUCACCCUCAUUACCCUCUUUUUGCAGACACGAGUGACGACGGCUCUUUACAAAUUUUCCAUGGCAGUGUCACGGGGGACUUACUCAGCAAUGCUAAUAUUGUACCUUUGAAGGUGCUAAAAGGACACAAAGUCACAGGGGACUUGGGAGUGCUAGAUCUUGAUUGGCAUCCAAGGGAAGCUUGGUGUGUUAGUGCUGGAGCAGAUGGCACGUGUCGGCUAUGGAUGUGAUAGAUUUGAUACCUCCUGUCUUGUGUAGUGCACGGAUAUGCCCUGAUACAUGUUAAUUUAAAGCGGCGCUCUGGGGUUAGCUGUGAGAUAUAGUGCUCCAAGCUUUCUC